UCUUCGCUGGACACAAUAGCAACAUGUUAAGAAAGAAAGCUUCGCUGGACAUGUUAAGAAACAAAGCUUUAUCAGCAGAUGUUUCAUCAAGCUUAUAGGAAAUGUUUCAUCAGAAGCAACCUCAAACUUAUCGGUCAAAUGGUUUAAACAAUAAAUACCUGAAUGUAGAAUCUGACUGUGUAAAUCCCUUCUUCGUUGUGCUCAGGAGUGAUUAUAACCUCUGAUAUACAGGGAGAAGCACCAAUAAUUUAUUGUGGAAAAAUAAUAUCAUAAGGUUUCUAGUUCAAAGGUACUUUUAGUAUGCUAUUACUGAUUGUAGGGAGAAGCACCAAAAAUUUAUCAGCACUCUAAACCAAACAAUAAGACCUUGGGAGAGAAUGGACUCAUGUUGGUCAUAGCAUGGUAAGGUCAAUUUAACUAUUUGUGUUUCACCCUAAGAUCUGGUCCUGUGUUUGGUGUAAUUAAUUAAAGAGUUAAAGCAUGCAUACCUUGGUAAAUUGUGAAGAAUAAAGAUUCAAGCCAUGCCAUGAGAAUGUCAUUGACUAUUAAAGAAAAUUUGCAGGUUAUAUUAUUUCAUUAAAUUGGUACUAUGCACAGAAAAAUGAACAACAAUUAUCAUGCUAGACAACAAUUGUAUUCAUGAGACACAUAAUGUCUUUUGAGUUUCCUAUAUCUCAACAAGGUGAAAGUAAUAGCCUGGCAAAUAAAAGCAGAUGUUUGUGCAUAGAAUCAAGUGUUAUUGGAUUACAACCUAGAAGGCUAGAAGACAAAAAAAAGGAAACAAAAAGUGAUAUUUUAUUUGGUCUUUUUAGCAUUCAUGAUAUUCAUAUAAUCAUCUUACCAUGAAAUGUUCUGUUCUAGUGCAUUGGUCUAUUGCAAGUUCACAGUUUUGACAAAUAUUAGCGACUGAUCUCAACUCUUAAGUCUGAUGCUCAAAUUUUUGUGUGCAUUUUACUAAGACUAAACUGCACUUUUUAAAAAUAUAAAAAGAAGAUAUCAGUUGAACAAGGUUAGAAAUGUGAAACAAAUAUGGUAAAUUAAACUUGUAUUUGAAUGUCUACAUACUAUAUAAUAUGCAUACUUCUCCCACUUACCUUGCAGCAACCAAAAAAUAUCAUCGGUUUCUGAAAUAAAUUACAACUAUCAUCUAAAAAUAUAUUUACAACUUAAAUGAAAGGUGGAAGCUGGACAUUAUAUUGUGCCAUAAUGAAGCAGACCAUAAAUAUUUAGUGUUGGCUUACCAUUAGCAUGCCCUACAAAUUUUUGAAGGGCAGAUUUCCGCAAUGGUUCAGUCUUGGAUCCAGCACACAACAAAGAGCGAUAAGAAUCCUUCCAUCCUAAAUAACAUCACUGCAUCCUAUAUGGAUCUAGUUAUUCAUAAAGUAAAUAAUUUCACUCUAACUAAGAAGAGUGUCUAUAAGUACCACGAAACAAACGCUCUGCACAACUGAGCUUAUUGGGAAAACUUGACCACAGAUUAUAUAAUCAUCUAGUAUCCAUCAACAGUAACAACAAUCAGGGAGAAUGCGUCUAGGAAUUUCUUAGUCAGAUCAUACCAUUUAUAAUUGAAAUAAAUAAAAAGCAGACAAACGGGCGCAAUGGCUGCACACUGUUGAUCUACUUACUGAAGGUGUUGGAGUGAGAGGUUCUUCUUGUAGGAGUCGAGGACAUCCCAGAGCUUCUUCACCCCAUCGCCACCGCUGCAGCUGGAGGUCGCCUGAGCCUGGGAAGACAAGAAGGGCACGACGGGAGGGAGGAGAAGGUCACGUCGGCAAGCCCAGCGACUUGAGGAACUCGAUCAACGGCAGCAGCUUGCCCUCCGUGGAGAAGGGCAAUAGGUCGGCGCGGCAGUGCAGGUCGGGCACACCGAGCGCGGGAAGGAAGUAGAGCAUCUGGAAUUCUGGAUGAGGCGGGGCCGGAGGGGGAGAGGGAGACAAGAGCGAGCGGGGAGAGGAAGACAAGAGCGAGCGACUCGCGGCGACAGCGCUCGGGACUCAGGAGGCCGGGAGGGACGGCGUGGGAGAGAGGAGAAGUACGAGGAGAGAGGGUGUGAACAUGUGGCGUGGCUGCGUGGGAGAUCAUGGCUAGAAAUUUCGCGUCCGUGGGAACUGGGAAGCGAGGUUUCGCGUCCGCGUGCGUCGGACCCACAAAGGACACGGGUCAUACGACAGAUGGCGCGCAUCCCACCGGACGCGGGGAGGCGCCGAAACCGGGUCAGAUUUUAAGACUUUAGAUGUUCAUCCUUACCAAAGUGUUCCAUCAAGGCGCCGCAAAACUCAGACCACGGUAAUUCAUGGCAUAAUUCAUGGCAGUGAUCUCCCAAAGAUGAAAACCAAUGUGCGGCCACACCCGAAAAAUGCAUGGACGCUACCUUGAUCCACAAGUGUGAUUCCACUACAUACAUGUCAAAAUAAUCAUGGGCACGACGAAUCCAAAGUUUAGGAAAUUCGCCGUCAAACGUAGGGAAAUUCAACUGUGGUAAACGGCCACGAAUCGCACCCCCCCAAUCCCACAAUAGCAGCUGGCUCACAACAGUUUCCCAAAGGUCUUGUUCGGUUAUUUUCAAUCCAUAUGGAUUGAAGGGGAUUGAUACGGAUUGAAGGUGAUUUUGAAUUACUAGGGAUUGAAACUCCCUCAAUCCCUCUCAAUCUAUAUGGAUUGGGGUAGAAACGAACAAGCCCUAAACGAGAGGAACGAGGAUCCACAACAUGAACGAUAGGAGUAGGAGUUAGUAAAUUGUGUGUACCCUUGACCGGGGAUGAACAAGGGUCGUAACCGACCCAUACUUGUCUCAAAGUGAUGCCCAUGGGGCGAGUUGGCCGAAGAUCCGACCAACGGUCGUUCAUUGGCCGUAGGCACAUGAGAGAGAACGCCCGCCAUGGAGGUCGACUUGUCCACCACGGCGCGCUCCCAAUGCUUGGAUAUCUUCCCAACUUCCAACCGCAGAUCAUCCAUGGCGCCCUCCAUACUCAUACGCCAGUCAUCGAACACCCCAGAGGCUUUCUCCAAGGCCAUGACACGAAUAUCCUGGUGAAAUCCGAGAAGGAUGCAUCCCAACGCGCCUCCUGAUCUGUGAUCCAAGGAUCCCAUCUGGAAUCGUGAUCGGCGAACCGCCUCGCCAUUUCCUCCAGGAUAAUCUGUGUUUCUGGAUUCAUGAGGGCUUGACGCUUCUGAAAUUUGGUAAAGUGGGAAUGACCACCGGUAGACUCCAGAUCGAGACUACGGUGACAGAGUCACCAAGAUCGUUGGCUUUGAUACCACUGUUAACACUAGAUGGUAACGAUGGAAGAACAACAGAGAAUUGGUAGAGAACAGCAGAGUGAAAAGUAGGCUAGAGCUUGAGAAGAAGUUGGGUUUAUGUUUUUCUUCUUACAUGCCCCGCAACAGAUGACCACUCAGCCUAUAAAAACCCUCACACCCGUUCGCCAGAAUCCAGCACAUUAACCCACGACGGCCCAAAAUUUCUUGUGCUGCGCUUCUUCGCUCGAUUUGAAGUCCUCGUUGGCUAUGUAGAUGUAGCUACAUCGUCAACAUGUUCACUGCUGACAACAGAGUCCAUUGGAAACCGCAACAAUAGACUAUCCACGUUUUUUUGCGGAACCAUGCCUAUUUAUAUAGUUUUGGUGGAGUUGGUCUUGUAUAGUAGAGAUUUUAAGGAGUACAAAGUCUAAAGGCAUCUCCGGAUCCUUCCUCGAAUAUUCAUAUGAUACGAAGACCCAAUCAUGAACCGCGUUUGUCUGUAGUAUCCUUUUUAUUUGUCCAUAAUAAUGUAAGCAGGCAAGCGCAGUGACGACUGACCUCACGACCACCCUGAACUUCUCGGAUCGACACCUCAUGGUCAGCCGGUCAGGGACACUGUCAAAGAUCUGAAACCAAGUUGCAGUUCGGCACUCCGGCGACACGCCAUGAGGGGAUUAAGAAAAUGCAGCCUCUGAGGUCAGACGACGGGUGCGAUCGCCGUUGCCGUCGCCAUCUCCGGGGGAGGCGAUGGCGCGUCCGCGUGCGUGCCGGCGGCAGAAUCCGUCCUUGCGCCUGUGCCGCCGGGUGCGGCUUCCCGCAAUGGACAACAGCUAUGGGCCUACGGGCUACGGCUGUGCUGCUCCGCCUCUUCAAGAUUGCGAGGUAUUAUAGUACGGUUUUGGCGUAGAAUACUUGCUGUGUGAUCCUAGCUGAUGCUGACAGACCACCUAACCCGUGGUGUUUGUUGGUAGACACGAUCACACGAGCAAGCAGGGAUGUAUCUGGACGGGCAGUGGACGGAGAUCUUGGUUUGUUGUCUUGGCCAAAUCUAACCUCUUGGGGUCUUUGUCUCUGUAAAUGGAAGUUGGAUAGGGAAGACAAAUGUCAGUGUCAGUCAAAACCAUAUGUGAAUUCGACGAUUCGUUCAUCAAUUUGGAGAUCUGCAGCUCUGUGUUUCAGUUACAGAACAAAUUCAGACAGAAGCCACUGUCAGAAUCUGCAGAAACUUCCAAAUCGAUUUUUUUUUUUGGCCAUCAGACUAUAUCAACAAUUAAACUGAUGAGAGGAGACAGAUUUACCUUACCAGUAACAGAAGAGACGGUCUGGUGACAAGUUCAUGUCAGGGAGGCUCCAAACCGGCGCUUUUGAGCCUUGAAUCAGUAUUAUAUAUGGCUCAAACAUGUCGCUGUCAUGCCGAGUAAACCUAUGGGCUCUUACUUAGACUGGCCAUCCACUUCCUCCAGUUUCUGCAUUAUGUUAUCUUAAUAGCCAUCCGUAUAGUAGAUGCUGUCAGUGUCAACACCUAGGACCAAGUUGCUACAAACUAAUCCUUUGAACUAGGAAUUCUGAGAUGUGUAGUUCAAUUCAAGCAAUGUACUGCUUUUCUGUUCAUACAUAUAUGCACGUUUAUUGGCGCGAAAGUGGCCAAAUUCUUCAUUGGCCGGUUUUUCCACCGAUGAGACAAAACAAAACGGGACUGUGGAAUCUUUGCCUCCAAUGAAGGGGAAGAUACCUGCCAUCGCUUUGUUUAGUCCCAGCUUGUGCUAGUGCCACACUCAACUAGUGCAUGUCUUCUGUGCUUGAACUCUUCUGCCAAGCACCGUUUUAAUAGAUUAAUUAGUGUUUUAGGUGGGAUUCUAUUUUAUAACAUUGCAUUCGUUCCAUUGCUUCUGCUGCUUGAAUUUCAAAUGGUUGCCCUUGGUAACCUACUGCUGCAGUACUACUAAAGAAAGCUUUUCGUGACUCCUGCUAUCAUUAAUCUGGUCAAUUGGUGCGCCAGGAGAGGGAAGAUUGAGCUGGGAGGGGGUUCAUGGAGAUGGAGGGGAGGGGCCUGUCUGAUUUGUUCAGGAACACCAGCGAGGAGAUCUUCCUCAAGGCAGUGAUGGAGAACUCAAUGGGAGUGGCAGCAGCGCCACCAAGCAUGGAGAUGCUGGGGUUCAAGGCCAUGUCGCAAGGUCUCAGAGAAGACAGCGAGGAGCUGUUCAACAGCUGGCUUAUGAAUGAAGAGAUCCCAGGAUUUGGUUCAGCGAACAAUCGCCCUCGACAGCCAUCUAGGUUGUCAUCAGAAGCUGUAGGCCUUCCAAAUCAACAGCAUGACAUUUCUCAACAAAAUUUUCUCACUGACAACUUGGUUCCACAGAAUCUAGCAAUUCCUUCAGUCGAAUAUCCAAAUAAUCACAAGCACCAAUCACUCAAAAAUGCAGCAGAGAAGGGAAUGCAAGCCAGUGACUUACUUCUAGCAAAAGCCUGGUUCCACAGCACUCAACCAAUGACUAGAAGUCGUUCGUCAGAGUUAAGGAGGAGGUAUGCUGCAAUGCAAACUAAUAUGACACCAAUAACUAUAGGAAGCAUUGAAGCAAUUAACCAGUUAAAACAAGAUUUUACAACCACGACAAACAGCAUACCUAUGAGCAACACACCUGUUCAGACACCAAAUUUUGCAUCUCCUUCAAGUUCAUCAACAUCCCAUCUGGAUAAUCCACAUAUGGCAGCACAAGAUACUGUUACCUCAGUGGUGAGCAUGCUCAAGGACACGCUCGAGCGCAAGAAGCUUGGUAGCCAUGCUAACAAAGACACCUCAGUAGGCCAUCCUUUUGGAUUCUAUGAUACUCAGCAGUUUCAACAGAACAUUCUUGGAGGAACGGAUUUCUUUCCCAUCAUGACAACUGCCCAGGCUCAGGAUUCCCUGAUGCUUCCCAAGGUCGAGAGGCCCAUGGAACCAAACAAUGGUAGCUUCGUUCCUUCUACAAACCAAGUUUGGUUCGGUGCAGCUUCUCGAGAGCCUUCGCACAGUGGAUCUUCUACUGCUAUGACCACUUAUUCAGCUGGGUUCGAAAUGUGCGAUGAGCUACCACCUGCAGGGCAAGCGAUGUCUAUUUGUGAGAGCUCCAGAAAAAACGCUGCAAAUGGAACAACCAUCGGCAGAUCGAAAGGCAAAGAAUACAGAGAGAGGGUACAACAGGAUAAUUUGAAAGAUGAGAGAAAGAUGAGCUCAACUAAUACUUCUGGAGCAUCGAAAGUUAACUCUGCAGCUGAUAAUGGAGAUCCUAUGAAAAAGCGCAGGGUUGAGCGCUCCCGCAAAAUGGCAGAAGCGAAGGAAAGAAGCUCUACACCAGUAAUACCGUCCGACAUGCAGGCCGUUCUUAAGCGCUGCGAAACCCUAGAGAAGGAGGUUCGGUCGCUAAAGCUUAAUCUGUCCUUCAUGAACAGGAAAGAUUCAGAGCAGACCAAGCAGAUCGAGGAGCUUCAACAGAAGAACGAGGACUUGGCCGAAGAGAAGGAGCGGUUGCUGGAAGAGAUCGAGAGAAUUGUCUCCGACCCCAACACUUGAGCACCCAAUCUCCUUUUUUUUUGGGUAACUUAUUUUUGUGUACUAAUAGAGUUAGGCUUGAAAUGGUCCUUGAUACAAAUACGUACAGUCCAGCAGGGCAGCAAGAAUUAAGUGCUGGCCUAAAUGUAUCACCAUUCUUUCCUUGUUAUCACAAGUUUAAUGUAUAUUAAUACCAACAAGCAAAGGGAUCAGGGAUUACAGUUUACUUCCUUUGACUUGUAUCUUGAACUAAUUACAGUAUGAAAUGGAGCCCAAAAAGGGUGGUAGCA